CGCAAUGCUCUAGAGUAGAAAUUAACUCGGAUUGUAAACCUUGUGGCGGUUGAUUAGAGGCGGCAGCCUGACAGUUAUACAAGCCAGUCGAGUCGUUUGGUAAUCAGCCUAGCUGUUUCUGCAUCUUGGUGGAGUAAAACAACAAAAAAGAUCACUAUGAAUAUCCAGUCAGUUAUCAACAGGGAAGUGUUUGCCCCCCGGGAUGAGAGGAUGCUGGUGGCUGUGGAGGUUAAGAGGAGAAAAAGGAAAAAGGUUCCCUUUCUGCCCACUGGAGGCAAGGGAGAAUAUAUGACAUACAUCUGUCUGUCAGUGACCAAUAAGAGACCAGCCCAGCUCCUCAUCACCAAGGUCAAGCAGUUUGGAGGCUCUGCCCCCUUCACCAGGAGGUCACAGUGGAGCGUGGAGCAGCUCCGCCAGGUCGAUGGCAUCGACCCCAACAAGGACUGCCCAGAGUUUGACCUGGUAUUCGACAACGCCUUUGACCAAUGGGUGGCCAGCUCAGCGGCAGAGAAGUGCAUCUUCAUCCAGAUCAUGUACCAUGCCUGUCAGACUUACUGGGAGGGCAAGGAGCGGGUCCCUGGUGGCCUGGGUAGCCCAGCUGGAGACCAGCAGAAGGACCAGAGAGCUAGUCCAGGGGCCCAGGUUAGCCCAGGAUCCCAAGGGGGCCAAAGAGGAGGUCCAGUGGCCCAGGCUAGACGGAAGAGCACAGUGGGUCCCAGGCCCCGCCAGACUGAAUUUGUCAACUGUCAGUCCAAACUCACAGGAGAUGCCUGCACUGUGAAUCUGGUCAUCUACCGUUGCAAGGUCUUCUUCAACCGCGUGAAGAAGGUGAUGGUUUCAAAACAAAGCAGUCCUCAGGCUGGAGCAGGUCACAGAGCAAGUCCCAGUGGGCAGCGCCCCCCAGGGGGCAGUAUGGGUAGUGUAGUCAAGAGGGCAAGCCAGGCCCUGCAGGAGCGUGGGGAGAGACUGGGCCGGGCCGAGGACAAGACAGUAGACCUGAUGCACAAAGCCCAGCAGUUUGCAGACACUGCCCACAAGCUGGCUCUGAAGUAUUCAAACUAGAGGCAUCUCUUCCUGUGGGUCCGCACCUGGAGUCCGUGGCCCUAUUUCACCUGUUGAUUCUAUGGAUAGUAACUUCUAUACUAAUGUUGUGCUGAGGCAUAGUUUAGUUGAAACCCAGUGGAUGCUGCAAUUCCUCUGUGAAGAAUCCUAUGUUCUGAGAGGAGUGGAGGGUUGCGGUACUUGCUCUUAGGACAUUGACUAUGUCAAAGGGACAUGGAAACCUUUACAGACGGGCAGUGGGGAGGACGGCCCAGUUAUGGACCUCAGAGUUUAAGAAUGACCUUUAACCUCCAGAAUGGGACCUGUGGAUCACAUGACGGUGUCAUUUCAUGGCAUAGCUAGCUGGUUUACUGGAUGGCAACGUUGUCACAAUGCUCCCACUGCUUGAGUGUACUUGUCUUCCCUGCUUCAGUAGCCUGUGCUCUGAUGAUGAGAACUUUAGAUUUUGGGGGUUUCACAUGUUUUUAGAUAUUUUAAUAUUGGCAUAUCUGAAUUCUCAGUAAAAAGCUUUUCAGUAUUCACGUGUCUUCUCCGCUAUGGAAGUAUAUUUCAAUGGUGCAGGGGUAUGAGGAACACCUGGUGAAAUGCUUUGUUAUUUUCUUUACAUGGUGAUGCUUUAGUAAGUAUAGUCUUGAUUUCUUGGCACUUUCUAAAUAUGACUAUUGUAUGGAUUCCCAUAUUGCACUAUAAUUUGCUUUAAUUUGCUUCCACUAUUUUUCACUGCUAAAUUCCUCCACUACCCUCUCCCUGCUUGCAUCAUCCAUUGAUUAGUCACUAAUCACUCUUCCAAAUUCAAGUUGAUAAUCAUUCUGAUCCUUGUCUAUUGUCUUUGUCUAAUCAUGUGAGUCAUUGAUCCCCGGUCUUGUCACUUAUGUGUCGUGUGUUUUUGUCUGUUGCACCAUGUGUAUCGUAAUUCCAUGUCUCAUGACCUUUUCAUCUUUAAUUGCUGGUUCCGUGUCAGAGACUUGAGUGCAGCCGGUAUAAUGGUGGGUUCGUGUAUGUAGACCAGGGCUCUUCUAGGUGAGGUUGUAAGCAAGAUGUGGAAUGUUGACUGUGAAGGAUUGCGUGUGUGAUCAUAAUCUCGUCCACACAGCCGGCUCUCUAUGUGGUAGCAAUUGAGCCUGGGGACGAGGUUCAUGUGGUGUCGGUUCAGAAGGCCACUGUCGAGAAGAGACUUCUGAGUUGGUGAGUGAUGAGGGUCACAAAGGCUUGUUGUAAGGUUGCGCGCUCUUGCGUAGGCCUGUGGUUGUUGAAUUUCUUUCGAUACCUAAUAGUGUUUUUAUUGUACACAACACUAAUAAAUACAUUGAUAUGCUUUAUCAGCUGGGACAACAUGUCCCACUUCAUGCUUAACCUGUCAUGGAAUGAGAGGGAAGCCUAAUCUGUCUUUCAACUACUCGUAUCUGAAUGAGACUUAAUUGUGGCAGUUAACUAAGGAGGCAAAUCCUAAAAUGGCACUGCAUGCUUUCUGUUGCUAUAUUACUGUUGGUGAUCUGAUGAACGAUUGGCUAGAAUCUAGAUGAGUUGAAAAGUGCCUAAACUACUUCUUUUUAAAAAAUUCUGAUCAUGGAGUUGAAACCAUGAACUGAUGUUAUUCGUAGAAAUGCUGACUAUUUAACAUAGUCUUGGAACAGUUCUUGAAGCUCUGUUUAGUGUCAAUGUUAACAUGAGAUUUGUACUGUUUUUAAUGAGAACUUCAAUGACCUUAACACUCCUCCUUUUUGACCCAAUAAAUUAAAUGGGACCUGUC